UAAAAACUCUAAAAUAAAUCCUACAAACCAGAAAGAGACGGCAAGAAGUCAAGAACAGGCCAAACGCUGAAAAGACAGAUUGAAAACUGAAGUUGUGUUUUUGUAGUGACUGCUGGUGUGACAUUCACCAAAGAAGAGUAGAAACAAGAGCAAAGGUCGAUGAGAUUAGUCUAUUUAUUUUCCUUAGCAGAUUUAUCUUGAUAUCGACAACUGCACGCAGGUGCAAGCUAGGGACUCGGGGAUUCAGACCAGACAAGCUGUUGACUCAAACCUCGCUGCCAAGAGCAACAUGGAGGCAAUGAAAGUAGCGCUGGUCGCAUUGCUGUUGACAGUUUGCAGGGGAUCACCUAUUGCGAAGCAACGACUGCCUAAUCCUCUGAUACAAAGUAACAGUCUUUUGUCUCAGUAUAUCAUGAUGAUCAUGGACCACAUUUUACAAGCGAACAAAGGUAUGGACCUGUUUGAGGGUGAUAUCAAAGGCGUCGAUUGGACUACAAGGAACGCUAUCCGUGACAGGACUAAGAUCUGGCAGACCAGGGAGGUGCCGUACAGCAUAGACCCGUCUGUAUCUCCUGAGGCGCAGGCGGCCAUACAGGAGGCGGUACAGGAGUUCCACACUAAGACAUGUGUGAGGUUUAAACAGAGGACCACGGAGACAGACUACAUCCUCUUCAAGAAAAUCGGCGGCUGUUGGUCCAACGUUGGUAAGACGGGCGGUAUGCAGGAGCUGUCUGUGGGAGACGGGUGCGAGUUUAAGGGCACGGUGGCUCACGAGAUGAUGCACGCUCUGGGCUUCUGGCACGAGCAGUCCCGUACGGACAGGGAUAACUAUAUCAACGUCAUGUGGCAGAACAUUCAGGAUGGGAAGGAACACAACUUCAACAAGUACUCGCAGGACCAGGUGGACACCCUGGGCAUGCCUUACGACUUCGGUUCCAUCAUGCACUACUCGCAGUUCGCCUUCUCCAAGAACGGUCAGCCUACCAUCACGCCCAAACAGUCCACCGCUGACGCCAUCGGCCAGAGAAACGGGCUCAGCGACACAGACGUGCAGAAGAUCCAGCUCCUCUACAGCUGCACCGGAGGUGGCUCGGGAACAACCGGUACCGCGGCCACCACCGUCACCCCCAACAACUGGUCCAGCUGGUCCAGCUGGAGCGAAUGUAGCCUGGACUGUAGGAAGACCCGCCAGCGCUUCUGCACGGACGCCAACAAUGUCGGCUGUGAGGGAGACUCAACAGAGGUGGCCGAGUGCCCACUGCCUUGUUUCCCCGUGACAGCUAUUGGAUGCUGGGUGGACAACCUGGGGUCUCCCCCUGUACCCUCCAUGGAGAACUCGGAGCCUAGUCUGGCUGACAACUACAGAACCCGCACCAGCGCUAUCAGGAAAUGCGCUGACGUCGCUUAUGCUCGUGGCUACCAGGGUCCGAUCCCAGGCCAGUGGGGUGAGUGGGGCCCGUGGGGAACAUGCACCAAGACCUGCGGCAUCGGCACUCAGUACCGCUACCGGCAGUGCGACAACCCUCCUCCCAUUAACGGCGGCGCCAACUGCCAGGGGAACACUUUUGAGGCGCAGUUCUGCAACACCCACGAGUGCCCAGCCAACCCCGUGUGUGGUCCUCCCGAUCUGACCGGUCCCAGCGGAGAGAUCAAGCUGACCACGUACCCCGCCCCGUACGACCCGUACCUGUCCUGUGAGUACAACAUUGAUGGCCAGGGGCUGCCCGUUACUCUGGAGUUCCUGGACCUGGACAUCGAGUACGCCUCCAGAUGUGUCUACGACUACAUCAAGGUGUAUGACGGGACGUCGCAGUCUGACGCCAUGUUGGGGAACAUCUGUGGUACCACAUCCCCGGGAACCAUCACGUCAUCAGGGGACAAGCUCUUCCUGGUCUUCAAGAGUGACGAUUCCACCAACGGCCGCGGCUACAGGAUCAGAUUCUCCGUCGUGACUCCAUCUCAGGCAACAACGACGACCACACCGAAGCCGACAACCACACCCCAACCAACGACUACACCGCGUCCUACAACCCAGACCACCACUACCCCUCGCCCUACAACACAGACUACCACUACCCCUCGCCCUACAACCCAGACGACCACUACACCUCGCCCAACAACCCAGACCACCACCACACCUCGCCCAACAACCCAAACGACCACCACCCCUCGCCCCACCACACAGACCACCACCACCCCUCAACCUGCUACAACUCCAAGGCCCGUCGCCACUACCGUAACAACCACGCCCGCCCCAGUCUCCACCUAUGUUGACAACUGUCAGAACCUGAGUCCCCUGUGCGGUGCCAACCCCGGCUGGCCCUCGUUCGACAUGUGCAACACCGACUACGUCAGGGACAACUGCCCACAGUUCUGCGGACUGUGCACAUGUGACAACAGACCCUGCUACAACGGAGGGCAUCGUGGUGGGAACCCGGAUAACUACGGAGAGAACACGUGUGACUGUAACUGUGUGGGGCACUGGAGCGGCCCGACUUGCCAAGUGUGCAACCUGCAGUGUUUGAAUGGAGGUGUUCUGGACCAGUCUAGCUGCACCUGUCUCUGUGCGGCAGGUUUUGAUGGGGAAACCUGCACUGAACCUUGCGGCGACAGCAGUCACCUGUGCGGAGCGAACCCCGGCUGGCCAAGUGUGGACUCCUGCGUGCACGACUACGUACGGGACAACUGCCACGCCAUGUGUGGUGUCUGCAACCUCGCGCCCACACUCGCACCCACUGGAGCUGCCUGUCAGAACAAGAGCCCCCUGUGCGGCGCUAACCCGGGCUGGCCAACCACCGAAUCAUGCAGAACCGACUACGUCAGGGAGAACUGCCCACAAUUCUGCGGACUUUGCUCUUGUGGUAAGACCUGUGCCAAUGGCGGGACCGUGGCGGGAAAUCCGAACAGCUACCUGGAGCACACGUGUGACUGUAACUGUGUGGGGCUGUGGAGCGGCGACCUGUGUGACGAGUGCACAGUUCAGUGCCUGAAUGGCGGAACCAUCGACCGCUCCACCUGUACCUGCAGCUGCCCACCUGGCUUCAGCGGAGAGAAGUGCGAAGGUAAACAGACCCACGACAGUCCUGCAGAGUCGUGUCAGAACGUGAGCCCCCUGUGCGGCCGGAGCCCCGGCUGGCCCUACGUGUCUCAGUGUUCCACAGACUACGUCAAGGAGAACUGCCAACAGUUCUGUGGAGCGUGCAGCUGCAGUGAUACUCCGUGUGCUAACGGAGGGACACGAGGUGGGAACCCGGACAACUAUGGCGUCCACACCUGUGACUGUAACUGUGUGGGCAUGUGGAGCGGACCCUCAUGUCAAGAAUGCAACGUGCAGUGUGCUAACGGCGGCGUGCUGGACCGGUCCACCUGCACAUGUCAGUGUGCGGACGGGUUUGACGGAGAGACCUGCACCGAGCCAUGCCGGGACAGCAGCGACUUGUGUGGCGCGAACCCGGGCUGGCCGAGUGCUGACCUCUGUUCUAUCGAUUACGUCAGGGACAGCUGCCACGCUUUCUGUGGCAUCUGUGUGCCUUGAUGAGUCCGGAAGGAAGAACGGAUUCGCCUACCGCUACAGUCUUCUGUGGGCCAUAAUUAGACUUGCACGUGUGCUUUUGUGUUGUUUUACAAAUUAUACCUUUCGUUUCUUCUGCCAUAAACAAGUACGGGGCAUUGCAACACCCUUUGUCUCGUAAACAAAUGCUGCCAAAUGAGCUGGAAAAUAGACCGAUUCCCAAGACUACCUAUGAGUGUAGACAUAAAGGACAUUUUGCUACGAGUAUUUUUAAGUGACGUGUCAUCACCAUCUCAGGAUGUAAUGCCAGUUCAUUUUAUCCGUGGGGUAACCUAUAUCCGUUGUUUUUGAAAACAGAAUAUUUAGGGAUAUCAUUUCGAUGGACUGUGCUUUCAAAUUGCAUUAUUUUGAAAACAUACCACCGUCCAUCGACUUGAUAUCCAUAGAUACUCUGUUUUUAUAUAGGUUACCCUAUGGAUAAAGGUGAACUAUCGUUAAGUUCACUCGUGAAUGAGGAACUCUUCCAUCGACUGGCUCCAGAUCGCGUUUUCAUGAGCUAAUCCUACAUUGCAGUUUGAGAAUGAGAAAUAAAGUACGAAACAGGACCAAGAAAGUGGUCAUCUAUAAAUUACAUGUAUACAUGGCAUCUUUUCUUUUCUCUUCCCUUACUUUAACUUUCCAAUAAAUGUAGUUUGAAGCAGCA